AUGAAUGGAGGCGUAUACGUUGCUCACAUUCCAGGGUCAAUUAUUCAGCCAAAUAUUCGACAAAAUGGCAUUCCAAACUUACUUCGAAAUGCGAAUGCAAAUGCAGACGCCAUUUUAGGGGCAAACGCUAUUCCAAAUGUAGCUCCAAAUGUAGAUCAAAAUCUAUUUCCGACUACUCGACCAAGCGUUAUUCCAAUUGUAGAAAAAAAUGCCAAUUCCAUUGCUGCAGCAAACAAUGGCGCAGAUGGAAGUUCGAACGGUUCAAAUGAAAGUUUGAGUGCAGGUUCAAAUGUUGGAUCGAAUGCAGCUGUGGUCGUAGAACUAAAACCUAGUUCACAAGCCUAUCCAGAAGUUUCUCCGAAUUUAUGGUCGAAAUUUGGCUCAAUUGUAGAAUCGAGUGCAGCUCGGAAUGUUGGACAAAACGCUGAUCUAAGUGCAAGCUCAAAUGGCGGAAUGAAUGCUCAGAUUUCUGGACAAAACGCAGAACGAAAGCCUCAUGAUGUUAUUGCAGACCAUUAUUUUACAGAAACUGCUGUUUAA